GUAAGUUCAGGUCUACAUGUCUAUCUAGGCAGACAGCCAAAGUAGAGAAAGCACAGACUUUUCUCACCAGCGGUCUACAGCCUACAGAAUGGCAUCGGGUGUGAUGAGAUGGAACACACUGUUUCUCUGAAUCCCAUGUGUGGGUUAAGUGAGUAACCAAAUUUCCUGUGUCUGCCCACAUAUUGCAAAAUCCGCAAUUCAGAAAUUUGGGGGCACACUUAAUAACAUACCAUCUGUUCUGGUUCAUUGUAUAAGAAUCUAAGUCUCUGAGGAAGGUGACAUAGUGGACCAAGAGACCUGGUUGUCACUUCCUCUGGGAAGCUUGACCAUGAGGCUCCUCCUGAUCAUUGCAAUUCUGCUAUUCCAGAAGUUCACAGUAACCGAACAACUUAAGAGAUGCUGGAAUCAACAUAUACACGGAUACUGCAGGAAAAUAUGCAGAACAACAGAAGUACGUGAAGUACUAUGUGAAAAUGGAAGAUAUUGUUGCAUCAAUCUUGUGGAACUGGAAGAACAUAAAAAAAUUACCAGACCACCUCGUCCAAAGCUAAGGACAUUGGCACUUACUUUUUCUCAAGAUUAUUUAAUUGAACAGAAUUCUACACACUCCCACAGAAAGCCUACAUAA